GAUAAAGUUACGAAUCCGCAUUUAGCCGCUAACUUUGGAAUCGCGAAACUGGAGCGGAGAUGACGAGGAUCCAAAUACUCUGCGCGAUUUUCGCGUUUUUGUCACACUCCGGUGGCCAAUACGUUGGGGAGCAGGUGAUUGUUCAAACGGCCAAUGGACAAAUCAAAGGCGUUACCCAGCAGACGAGGAACGGAAGCUUUUAUAACUCGUUUUUGGGCAUCAGAUACGCCCAAGCCCCCGUGGGAGAAUUGAGGUUCCAGCCUCCAAAGGCUGUCGAGCCUUGGGACGACGUCUUCGAUGCAACAUACGAAAAAGGCAUAUGUUACCAGGUCACUUUGGACAGCGACCUCGAAACCGAGGACUGCUUAAUGUUGAACCUUUUUACUCCGGCGGUCAACGAUCCAAAUGCCAAACUGCCGGUCUUGGUGUUCAUCCAUGGCGGUGGUUUCGUCGAAGGCACCGGCAUAUUGGAAUGGGGAGUGGGGCCGAAUUUCUUCAUCGACUACAACACGAUCAUGAUUGCAAUCAACUACAGAGUCGGACCGUUUGGUUUCAUCUCAACCGGAGAUGAAGUGGUACCGGGCAAUAACGGCAUGAAGGAUCAAGUACUGGCGCUGCAGUGGGUGCAGCGGAACGUGCAGUAUUUCGGAGGAGAUCCCAACAAAGUCACCAUCUUCGGUCAAAGUGCGGGAGCUGCCUCGGUUUCGUAUUUGCUCUUGAGUCCCAAAUCAGUGGGCUUAUACAGGGCAGCGAUUUGUGAAAGCGGUUCCGCGUUGAGUCCAUGGGCGUACCAAAGGGACCAGAUUAAUAUCACUUACAUGACGGCCGGAUAUCUAAACGCAGACUUCAAAGAAUCCAGAAAUUCAACUGCCUUAUUAGCGUUUCUGCAGAGCGUCUCAGCUACCGAGCUCGAUCAAGCUUCAGUUAACGUUACCAAAAAGCUGAGUACCACAGGCAACUUUCAGCUCUCCAAAGGUUUCUAUUAUACGCCUGUUCUGGAGCCAGAACAUGGCGGCGCCUUCCUUACUAGACGUAUGUACGAGAGUUUCGAAAAUGGCGAAUUCAUCAGGGUCCCCACUUUGAUCGGCAUCAAUUCGGAGGAAUCGAUUUUUAUGCUGAACCGAGUCCUGCAUAGAACCCUCAAAGAGUACGACAACGAUCACAAGCUGAUGGUCCCCUUCGACAUGCACAUUGCAGACGAAGCUGUCAAACAGAAGGUCGGGGAUUUGAUUAAACAGAACUACACUCCAGACAUCGCGUGGGAAUAUAACAAACCCCGAGGGAUCAACUUCCACUCCAACCAAGACUUCGACAAGUCCAUCAUAAAGCAAGCGGAAUUGCAAGCUCCCUACGUUCCGGUGUAUUUCUACGAAUUUACAUAUCACGGCGAGAUGAACAAUAACCACAGGGUACUGAACGGUUCGACCGGUGUGGCCCACGGCGACGAGCAGAACUACAUCUUCAACAGGUGGUUUAGUCAGGAAAUUCCCGACAAUACCGACCUGAGCGUUUUCCCGGAGGCUGACGUCAGAGUGCACGACAGAUUCAUGACAUUGUGGACAAAUUUCGCCAGGGAACUAAAUCCAACGCCCGUACAAGACGAGGUUCUUCAGAAUAUAAUUUGGCCCACCGUUCAGCCUGGUCAGUUCAGAUUUUUGGAGAUAAGCAAUGAUCUGAUCAUCAGGAACGAGCCACCGAAGAACGAAAUGUACGCGUUCUGGAACGAACUUUACGAGACUUACGCUACCAAGCCGUACGACACAUUUUAAGUGAACGUUUUGCAAGUAUAUAUUAAAAUCGACAAU